UGUUUGUAGGAGAUGGGGGAAAGAAGAGACAUGGGUCACAAUUAUCAUAAAAGAAAGGAAAAUAUAACUCCCUCCCAUCUCCUCCAAACACACCAGACCUAGCUAGAUUUCACCCUGAAUCUCAUUUUUAUAGAGGCAGGGAAUAACUAAUGUCACACCGCCUUGGAUAGUUGCACCCCUAUAAAAACUAUCAUCUGAGAAUCCUCCAUCCUGUUUCUUUAGCCUGCAAAGAACAGGCAGUUUGUGUCUCAGCUUGCCCACCCGGCUGAGAGAACCCGUGCCAGGAGUCUGGCAGACUCCGCAGCCCCGGGCAGGCCAGCGCUGGCAGGGGCACCGGAGCCAAGCUGCUCCCGGCAGCACCGAGCCCUUUGUCCAUGUAUCUUCCGCCACCACACCAACACUGACCGAUGGCCCUGGCUCAGCCCUUUCACCAACCACCUGCAAACCUGCCCGGCCUCGGCCCUCAGAGAGCUGCGUGAAGCGUUUAGUUUAACAGACACCGAUCUGGACCACUAACAGCUACCUCCCCCCCAAAGCUGGAGGAUUUUUGAAAAAUAAUAAGAGAUAAUGCUCUCAAGUUCAUGUCUGUAAACCAAACAAUACGAAGAACUCGUAUACGUUAAUGCAAAUCGAAGCAGUGAGCGGAACCGCUUUACGGUAAGUUCCUGAACGCAGUGGCUCUGCCCAGCUUCACUCGCCGAACACCCGGGUUAACCCCCGGCGGCGGCGGCAGCGCUCCCCCGGCCCGGCCUGCAGCCCACCGCGGCGGGGAGGGAGGGAGGGAAAGGGGGGUGAGCAUCGCCUCCGCCUCUUCCCGGGGAGUGGCGGCAGCCAUCCCGCCCACCGGCUGGCGGGAAGCUUAAAGCGGGACGGAGCGGUCGGCGGCCCAGCGUGCCGCAGCCAUGUCCACCCCCGCCAAGCGGCACUGCCGCGGCCCCGCCGGCUCCCUCGACUCCAGCUUCCAGAAGCGCCUCCGGAAGAUUUCCAUCGAGGGGAACAUCGCUGCGGGGAAGUCAACGUUCGUCAAGCUGCUCGAGAAGCACAGCGAUGAGUGGGAGAUCAUCCCCGAGCCCAUCGCCAAGUGGUGCAACGUCCAGACAGCUGAGGAGGAGUACGAGGAGCUUUCAACAUCUCAGAAGAGCGGAGGAAAUCUACUUAAAAUGCUGUAUGAUAAACCCACCAGAUGGGCUUAUACGUUUCAGACUUAUGCUUGCUUGAGCCGAGUACGAGCACAAUUAAAACCCGUCUCAGCCAAGCUACAUGAAGCAGAACAUCCAGUGCAAUUUUUUGAGAGAUCUGUGUACAGUGACAGAUAUGUAUUUGCUUCUAACCUGUUCGAGUCUGGAAAUAUUAAUGAAACAGAGUGGGCUAUUUAUCAGGACUGGCACACAUGGCUUUUGAAUCAGUUUGAAUCGGAUAUAGAACUGGAUGGCAUUAUCUACCUAAGAACCACGCCUGAGAAAUGCAUGGAAAGGCUACAGAUGAGGGGAAGAGAAGAGGAGCAAGGAAUUGAGCUUGAGUAUUUGGAAAGCCUCCACUAUAAACAUGAAACCUGGCUUCAUGAAAAGACUAUGAGAGUUGAUUUUGAGAACCUUAGAGAAAUUCCCAUUCUAGUUUUGGAUGUUAAUGAAGAUUUUAAGAAUGAUAAGAUUAAACAGGAGUACCUGAUUGAUAAGGUAAGUAUUAAAAAAUGUUUCCUCAUAUCUGCUCUUCUUCUGCAGUAAUAGCUAUAAGUUAUCAAUUUAUGUUCUUAAAAUUUGUGAUGAAGUGCUUGUUUGGGGCUAAUACCAUCAGUCUCCUUCACAGACUUAGGAAGCUACAUAGUUGCAGAAAAGGCUUUUUGCCUUUCUUAAAAAAAAAAGGCAACUAUUUUACCCCACGUCCUUACCCUCACAAUUCAAGAGAAAACUGGGUGUUUUUAAAGAGGGGCAAUUGCGGGGAAUGCAAGUACGCAGCAGCUGGAGUAGUCAGACUAUUCUCUGCCACAUCUGCACUGCCAUACUGUUAGUUAGUUCACAGAACGAUACUGUCCAAUUCAUGUCAGCCAUGAUGUCCUUAGAAAAAUCCUGCAGUCAGCUUGGAGCUAUUUAUGCCCCCUUGCAUUCUAGGGAUCUAGGCUCUUCUUGGACAUAGCACAACACAUCUGACAAAUGCAGAGAUAACUGAACCUUCCACAUAGUUAUAAAUGCAUGAAAUUACACUUGUAAGUAAUCAGUUGUGAGGGAGAGUCAACAGCCAUUUGAAUUAACAACGUGAUAAUAAAUUUGUCACUUGAGUCAAAACGUUUGCCAAUUCCAAGAAAUGGCAAGACUUAGAAAUUAAGUGCCCAAAGAAAUUAUUCUGCUGGAGCCAUGUGCUGGGUGCCCAGGAAAAAAAAACACACAAAAAUAAAAAAACACCAAACCACAACACUAACCACCCAAACCAAAAACUCUAAUACUUAAAAGGCAUGGGGUGAGCCCCUAACCCUUCAAGCAGAGCUGUAACAUUACUUGUUUCACUCACUGCAACGCUUCAACCUUCCUUUCCCCCACUGCCCCAACAAGACUAUUCUUACAAGCUGGAAAGAAGAGCCCUCCUG